AUGGAUAAAGAGUCUCUAAUGGCUCUGGUGAAAACUGUUGUCGACAAGUUUCAACUUGUUCCCGAAUUCCGCAAGGUUAGAGGAUUGGUGAAACAACAUUUGGAUUAUUUAAACUAUUUUUUUCAAACUGAUAUCAAGAGAAUUGUUUUCGCUAAUGUUCGAAUUCAAGCUACUAGAUAUCCGUAUAUCUAUAUAAGGUUUUUGGAUUUCAGAAUUGGAAAACCACCAAUAACAAUGGAUGGUAGUGUUGAGGAUACCAGCCCACAAACAUGCAGAUUAUCCGACCAAAUGUACGCGGCUCCAAUAAUGGUUAACAUUGGAUAUACUCAAGGAAGUCCUGAUAACCUAGUAAGAGAGAUAAAUAGAAAUAUUAUCAUUGAAAAAAUGGCCAUUAUGUGGCGGAGUUGUUGUUGUGUUUUGUACAAUAGAGAUGAAGCAGAGAGGAAUCGUUGGUAA